AUGGGAGCCAGUGUGAGCUGCAGGAGGGGAGGUCAUGUACCAAAGGCAAAUGCUCUGUGUAAUCGUGUGAUUUCCCCAGAAAGCUGUGUGGACAUUAACCAGGCCACUGAAGAGGAGCUUAUGACCCUACCAGGAAUUAACCGAAACUUGGCCCAAAGCAUCACAAUACAUCGGCGAAAGCUGGGUGGCUUCCGGCGGGUGGAGGAUCUGGCGUUGGUCACAGGAGUUGGAGCAGAGCGAAUGCUAAUUUUGCGGCCAGAGCUGUGUGUGAGGAAGCAAACCCGAUCGCAGAUCGAGAAUAAUGGAUCAGAGUCCAUCUUUAAUGAGGGUGGUUCGGCUUCUCAACUGUCAACAGACUGUAAGCAGCAGGACAGGACAUUGCAAUACCUUGAAGUCAUCCCCCCCUCUAAGUUAGCAUAA